CCAGGUUUUAACCUCAUCGGGCAGGGACGGAAGUCGAAGAAUUGCAGGGAGUUCGGAAUUGGUGCCGAAGUACCGGAGGGGAGUGCCUCCGUCCGGAAACCAAAGACCUCGUGAUUGCAAUAAGGAAUUCGGCGCUGGUUUACUUCUGGAACUGCUGGUGGAUUUCCUGAAGUGCCGCUUUGCAGAAGAAGCGGCUGGAGCGAGCGAGUGCCGGGCGUUUGGCCUGUUCCGGGAGAGCUGAGGCGCCGAGAAACAGCUACGCACCGUCUGAGUGCGAGCAGCUCAAGCGGAAUUCCGCGCUGGCGUGAAGAGGGCAACGCAGACUUUCGGCGUAUGAGAGAGAGUUGGAGCCCGAAAAUCGUGAGAGGCAAUGGGAAGAGCGAGCGGGGCGCGGCAUCGUGCAAAGAGCGGGGUUUGAAAGCUUCGGCUAAGGCGAAUGGUAAAGCGAAUGGUUAUGAACGGCUGGAGGGAAAGGCGUGAAGUUGCUUAUACGCCCUUUGUGGGGGGGAAAAGAGCGUAAUAAGGCAGAUCCAGGAGCGCUAGAAGCGGUGGGAAGACUUGCAAGGGCCGAAUUUCUCGCUCCGCUGCAAGAAGCCGGAGUAAAAUAACCUCGCGUUUGCCUCCGUGGGUCGGGGAAGUUUGGCCUAGUUCAGCUCGUCGGCCCUAUGUGGUGCGUAACCGCUCGGGACGUCCCGAAAUGAAGGGAGCGGUUGAGCUUCGGCAGGUCUCGGACUGGAGUGACUAUGUUCGAGGCCGCUGGCUGCGGGAGUUGCUGGAUCAGCGUCCUUCCGGGGAGCCUCCCAGCCGCGUCCUAACCAGCCCCGACAAGCAUCAUCUGCUGCUCCUGUGGAACCCGCCGGCCUCCCUGCCUCGACUGGUGGCUUUUCAGCGCCUGGGGCUCGAUGGAGGGGACCUGGAGAAGACCUGGAAGCCGCUUCAGCCCCCUGUGGUGGAGUUGCUUUUCCUGGAAAGCCCUGCCGCUGCCCCCGCAACUGUCUCUUGGGUGUUGGCUAUCAUUUGGGAGCAAGGCAGGACUGAAGUCUGGCGCUUUGUACCCACCGCUGGAUGGCACUUGCUGCAGAGCCUGGAACUGUGCCACGGAGCCCGUGCUCGGAUUGUCUCCAUUUGCAGCUUGGGGGACCAGCUUGUGUGGUGUGAAGAGAGGCCUCCUUUUGAUGCUCAACCGACUCCUGAGAGAAGAGCCUUCCAGUAUUGUAUUUGUGUUCGAGGCCUUCAGGUUGGAGAGCAGGGAGUCCAGCUGAGCCCUCUCAGGGUUAUCUUGCACAAUAGCCCUGUUUACCAAGUCUUGGCCAAACCCUCGGGAGUCUUCCUUGUCCCCACCCCAGCCACCUUCCCAAGAAUAGCCAAGUUUGUCCUCAUCUGGCGACCUGAAAUGGCUGAUAUUGUUAUUGCUGCGCCGCACGGCCCGUGUGUUUCCACAAAAGCCUCGCAUGCUGGCACCGACGUAGACUUCAAAAAGCUAGUGCUGAGUUAUGUGGGAUUUUUGGAAUCCAUGACAAAUUUGGCUGUUCACAGCUGUGCUCUAUCCAGUUGUGGAGAGCUGCUCUUGUUCAUGCAAACAGGCACGAUCCAGGGAGUCCAACCUAAUGGCGUUUGGCGACCUGUCUUUGACUUUGCAGGAAGCAUUUUGUCUUCAGGAGAGCAGGUCCAACUAAAGGUAUCUGGGGACAUCCUGGCUUGCUUGCUGAAGGAGACUCUCUAUCUUGUGGAUUUGAACAGUAGAGAGCUGAUAGAAAAUAAAGUCCUGAGCACUGAAAGAGUACACUUUUUGGACUCUCCUACCAUAGAAGAAGAAAUCCAGCUCCUUGCUCAGGAUGGCAUUUAUACUCUUGACUUUUCAGACUCUGAUCAAGGCUACCAGUCUGAGCCCCACCUGGUGCAGGUGGUGUUUGAAGAAGCCUGCAAAUACUAUCAAAGACGGAGUCUCAGUAGUUCCCAACUCACUGUGGAGAAACUGAAGAAGGGGGGCAUGUUUCAGGCUCCUGUCGCGCUGUCUUCCAUCCUGAGCCACAGUCUUGAUCCCAAAGGAAAAAAGCUCAGGGCCCUCCCAGAACCUUACACCAAGCUCCUGGGCACAAUGCAGUUAGAACUGCAGAACUAUCAAGAUCUGGAGUCCCUCAAGUUGCACGUGGUUCAAGCUUCAGAAAGUGGGGUAAAGAGCUAUGGUGAAGCCCUGGUGGAGCAAGAACUUAGCCGCCUUCUGCACUUGGACUUGAACAGAGAGAACUUGGCAUACCUGAAUGUCAUAUUCACUGCCUUCCCUGGAGCUUUCUGGAAAGCUGUCCAGAACCACCUCCAGCUACAAGAGAAUGGGGAUGGCGUUUUGGUAGCUAGAGCCACACCAGAUAUAUGGAAAAAAGUUCUGGGGGGAGCUGCUCUUAGCCCAACUAAGCAAGAAGAAAGCUGUCCAAAUGGAGUAUUCCCCUUCUUUGAACUUGUCUGUCUUUCUCUUCUCGAGUUCAAGCCUAAAUGGUUGCCUCACUUUGUGGAGCUAUCCCAACAAUAUUUGGGUGCGUCUUGGACUUACAAAAGCAAAGAAGGGCCUGAGGGCGGUGUGCCUCUGUAUAAGAGAGCCCUGGCUGUACUGCCAAGGUGUGCUAGAUGUCCAGUAGCAGAUGGAGAAAUGGAAAUUGAGCUCUUGCUCUGUAGCCAGAGGCCCAAAGCAAUCCUCCAAGCCAUGGACCUCCUUAUCCAAUAUGGGAGAUGGCAGCAUGUGAUGGAGACAGCGGAGAAAUUCUCCUUGUUGAGCCCUUUGUUGAACAAAGAGAUUUUUAUUAAUCUCCUGGGGGAAUUUUCCCGGCACCGGGCACUGGACCCCUAUUUGGACAAGUUGUGGGAUCUCUGCCCGGCAGAUAUGAAUGCCGGUGAUGUCCUGAGCAUUAUUCAGCAACACCUAGCGUCAGUAGAGCUCAAACCGUUUCCUUCUGCACAAGAUGGGUCAUCCCAACCUACUAUUGCGCUGCUGAAACCACUGUUGUACAGACUGGCACAAAGUGAAACAUCCCAGAAUGAAAUUUUUGGUAAUGUCUUACAGGUCCCAUCCUUUCCCCCACCAACACCACCCAGGAACCAACAGUCUCUUCCGAAAGCAGAUUCCCAGGAAAAUCUAACCUUCUUUCAAAACCAAACGUAGUUUUUAUUGUCUCAGGCAACAUGGUAUUUAAAAAUGAUUCUGCAAAAUCAGGAGUUGCAGUCUUUGUAUUCCAAGUUCAUCCAACUAAAGUGGGAAGUAAAAUCGCAGAAUCAUGAACUGUCAGUGACUUUGUUUGGAAGAGUGUAGAGCUUCUAGGAAGGAUUGGAAACAUUUUAUAUCUUUAAACUAGGGUAAAUAAAGGCAUCUCUUCCCUAACCUUUCAGAUAUGCUGGGAUCGUAAUUCUCAAAAUGAGAACUCUGAAUUGUACAGUAUUUCUAGCACAUCUGGAGGGCAUCCAUUGGGGACAGCUGCAUAUCAAAAUGACACAAUUGUUUCAGUAAAAUUUGAAGUGUUACUACUGAUGUACUCCUGUCCCUUCAUGAAUAAUAUUAUGGGACUGUUUGAUAUUCAGAUAACAUGCCAAUCUGCAUUCAUCAACUAUAUUUGUAUACGAGUUUCACUGAGGAGUAGCGGUGUUCUUUUGUGCUCAGAAGUAGUCUUCCUCCAAGGCUGCUAGGUGGACUAGGGGUUGAUACAGUCUAAGGCAGGGGUGUCAAACUCGCUUCCUUAUGGUGGUGUCACGUGACGUAUUGGGACUUUUUUCCCCUUUGCUAAACUGGGCGGGGGUGGGGCUAGCACGUGACGUAUCUGGGCCGGGGGCUGUGAGUUUGACAACCUGGUCUAAGGCAUCUGAAGAGAUCAGAUUGGAGAAGAUUUCUCUAAACUCUUAUUUCACGAGAAGAGAAAAAGGUUCUUGAUAAUAAGUCUAAAAGUUUCAUUUAUCAGCCGUACUUCAUCCUAAUGUUUUUGAAGCUCCCUAAAUCAGCUACUGCUUCUCUGAAAAUCACUCAGGUGUAUCACAGAUUUAAGCAAUAUUUAUCUUAAGCAGUUUUGUUUUGACUGCCUUUAUCUAUGCACACCUUUGUCCCCCUGUACAGCCUUUAUUUUUUUGCUUUUUAGAGAAGUUGAAAAGUUUCACUGUAAUAAUUUAUGCCAUAUUUCUUUGUAAGAAAGUAUAAUUCUCCUAAUGCUGCAUUUCAUAUUUAAGCAAAUUCUUCUUUGGUUUAAAAUGGCAAGACUUGAAACAAAGUGCUACUAUAAUACAAGUCCUGACAAUGUUCUUAUUAGUCCACUCUGCUUUCCAUUUAGGUAAAAAUAGCCUUCUUCAUCCAGAUGGAGAACUUUAGCCUUCCAAACAUUGCAAUGCUACAAUUUCUGGCAUCCUCAUGUCCUACAUGUAUAAUGAUAGGGUCUUUUUCUACAUAGAUUUAACAGAAAUAGAGGAAUCCUUAAGUGGUCUAAUCAUGAAUAAUUUUUUACUAUGUGUAGGUAGUUGAUGAUACAGCAUUGUUUUAAUUCUCAUGAAACUGAUAGGAUCAUUUUUAAAAAUCCAUUUCCCCCCUGAUAUGAUCCAAAAAAGAGGCUGUUGAAUAAAAGGAAGGGUUAUGCCACUUCAGUUCUGUUUUAGAGUGAGCUUAACAGCUGCUUUGCUGCCAACUUUUGAUUUAAAAGGCAAUGGGAUACAUGUGAAAACUGUUAAGAGAUAAUCUGAAGCCCUCACAAAAUUUCUGAAAUUUUUGGAAUCCCAAGCGGUUUGAUUAAGGCUCAGAAAUGCUAGAAAUUAAGGAUGGUCACAGGUUCCCCACCUAUUUUGGAAAGAUGCCUGUGAACAGGAAAUUUGUCUACUGUUUGUUAUGUUGUAAUUCUGUUGCCCUGUCCUACAGCUUGGAAAGUUUUUUUAGUAUUUAAAACAUGAAUGAAAGCGAACGUAUCCAUGGACUAGGCUUGAGUGGCCUUCACUGCCUUGGCGAUCUGAGUGUAAAGCAAAUAUUUUUCUUUCCUGCUGUGAGCUUCCCCUUUCUGGAGUAGAAGAUAGACAUGUAGGUGAACGCAAGAGCUACUCCAAGUCUCCCUUUCGUCUGUCAGAAGCAAACAAGGGAGGUACAGGGGAUGAAAUAACACAAAACAUUUGGCUCAUAUCAAACUGGCCAUCCCAAAUGCACAAUAUCUGUUACUUUCUAUAGGUGACAUUCUUCCAAAAACUCAAGCUUCCUCAUUCCAGAGUCAUUUUAAAAUUAUUUGAAGAGUUGAAAAUUACUGUAAAUGCCCCUCUUGAUUAUAAAGAGGCAAGGUUCUUUCUACAAACUGAUUUGUUGUUAGUGCUGGCCUUCAAACAGAGGUUGGAUGUUCUCAUGAAGUAGGGGUGAAAGGGUAGGCAACCUUAAGAUUUGCCUGGAUGCUUUGUGCCAUGAGUGCCUGGGCAGAUAAAUAGUAGACUUUUAAGGCUAUUUUUAAAUGAAUAACUUUUAACGAGUAAGAAUAAGCAUUAUAUACUCCCGUCUGUAUCUUCUAUAGUAUUUUUGUUAAUUCAUUCUGAGUCUUUUGUUAAUGGGGAUGAAUACUAGUAGAUAAUUCAGUCUGACCUGGAAGAAUGUCAGCUAAGGAAACAAAUCAUGUUUGGGAAGACAAAUUAAAGCAAGCAAACUGCCAGCAGUAUUUCUUUGUCUACUGAGCCAUAGCACAAGAGUUGUGGCUUUAACUUCCCAGGUUCUAUAAAACUGGGAAUAUCCCUAACUGGAAUGUUCAGGGAAGAGUAGAUUAAGGGUUCAUUCAAAUAUUAAGAGAUAAUCGAUUUGAAAUUAGCUUUCAUAAUAUGGGAGGGGAGUUGGAAAGAAGUGCAAAACAUCAAGAGGACAGGUAAUUGUUCGAUGUGUACACCUACAAUUAUUAAUUUGAUGGAGCAGCUAUUAUGGUGAAUGUUCUGGCUUGAUCAGCCAUUGAAUUUUGAGGCAGGUAUUCCUGUUGAAUAAGUAUUUGUCACACCGUUGCAAAAAUACACCAAAAUUAUAUUUAAUACAAUUUGAAAUCAUAGUUUCUUUUAUUAAUUAAAAAUAUUUUGAGUUCAACGAAACAUAGCUUCCUGACCAUCUUGGAUUUCUUUCUUAUACUGUAGCAAGACAGGGGCAACCAGCUAGUUUUCAAGCAAGGUCCAAAACUGGUUUCAUGAUGAUUUGUUCUUGAUUUAUAUUAAUAUUUAACGUUGCAAUUCCAGUAGCAGCAAGAUGGCAUGUUUUGCGGGCCUCAUACUUGGGGAACAGCAAUUUAUAAAAGCUAAGUAUCCAAGGCCUACAUCAAAUCUUACAAAAGUCAUGAAAAAUAUAAUUUCUUUGAAUUUACAAAUGAAAGACAAACAAUAUUACCAGUAAAAAUAAUUAUAUUCAUUCAAAUGAGAAGCAAAAGCAUGUAUACAGAUUCAAGUAUCUUUCUUGGUAAAGCAAUUAGGGAAGUGGAGUGGUGUCAUUUUUACUCUAGUCUUUUUCAGUCCUGCUCCUUCAUAGAAUCAAAUAAAAUUUAUUGUAUAAUAGAAAUCACGUAAUCCAGGCAACUGAAUCUUUAUCAAACUUAGUGGAAAUAAGACUUAAAUAAGACAGAAGCUGCUAGGAACAAUUCCUGACUUAGGCUAAGUGAUAGCAUAAUAAUCAUCUUGAAUUGCUUCCCAUAUAUUGUAGGUUUUCAUAAACCCCUUAGAAAGAAAAAUGGAGUUGUGGAUAAUUUGCUAGGGGAAGGUCACUUAAUAAUAUCCUAGCAGUGAGUGAAUAAAAGUGAAAUAUGUACAUCCUACUAUGAUUGUUUGCAAGUUUGUUGCUGUGAAAAUUUGGAAAUAUGAGCCACUCCCUGACCCCUAAGAAAAUGUUACAUUUUAUGUAAACUUUACAUUUUUUCUUGAUUAAUAAGGAUUUCAUUUCUUACUGUUGCUUUAAGUCAUCCUUCACGCAUUCUUCUAAAAGCUAAUUUAGAACCAGAAGACGGAAAAAUAAUUUUGCUAUUGCUGUUUCUGGAGCAAGAAAAAUGUAGUGCAAAAGGUGGAAAGCACAUAAAAAGGUUUCUGCUACUGAGCUGAGAAUCUGAUUUAUUAUAAAUCCAAAUGAGUUUCUUUAAAAGUUUUAUAUGCAAAUUGAACAAUAGAAAGUCAAGUAACAAAUGAUUCCUACUAUCCUAAUAUUUAAUACUUUGAAGUAAAAUAUUUGUACUGUUACAUUCAGACCAGCAAUUAAUUUAUGGGCUAUACUUUGAAUUAAGUCUAUAACUCAUUAAAAACACUACAGGUAGUCCUUAACAGCCACAAUUGAGUCCAAAUUUUUUGUUGCUAAGUGAGACAGGUGUUAAGUGAAUUUUGCCCCAUUUUAUGACUUUUCUUGUU